UCCUCGGUCCAAAUUAUCAACAAACCGAGAGUUGAGAAAAAAAUCACUAGUAGAGAGAUGUUUUAUUUUCCAAACACUUCACGAGUUAAUUAUCAGGUUCAACCAAUGGCGCUUAGAGGAGGAGAAGAUGGAGAAGUAGAUGAAGGAAGUCACUUUACAAAACGCCUCAAGACAUCAUCACAGCUGCAUUGUGAUCAGAAUUGGAGUUCUAGAAAUAUUCAACAGUUCCCGAUUUCACCAGCUCAGUACAAUCCACUGGAUGAGCCGAGCCCAUUGGGGUUGAAGUUGAGGAAGAGUCCAUCAUUGUUGGAUUUGAUUGAGAUGAAACUCUCUAAAACAAUUACUUCUGCACCUGGAGAAACUUUCGAAGUGGAAAAAAAGAAAGAUGUGAAAGGCUCAGCUAAUUGUGGUUCUAUUGACAAGUUAAAGGCCUCUAAUUUUUUAGCCUCUUCUCUACAGAUUGGCGGUUGGAAGUAUGCAUCUAGACAUGAAGGUGACUUGGUGGCAAAGUGCUAUUAUUCUAAGCAUAAACUCGUCUGGGAAAUUCUUGAAGGUGGCUUGAAACAUAAAAUUGAAUUUCAGUGGUCUGAUAUUAUUGAUUUGAAGGCGAACUAUCCUGAUGAUCAACUAGGGAUUUUGAAUAUAGUGCUUUCGAGGCCACCUAUAUUCUUCAAAGAAAGUGAUCCCCAACCUAGAAAACAUACUGUGUGGCAGGCUACUACAGAUUUUACCCAUGGUCAUGCUAGCAUUUAUAGACAACAUUUUCUACGUUGCCCUCAAGGUGUUUUGAAAAAGCACUAUGAAAGGUUGAUUCAAUGUGACAUGCGUCUCAAAUGUCUGAGCCAACAACCAGAUAUAGUUCUGGAAACACCGUGUUUUGUAUUACAAACUUCUAGUUCCGAGAGGAAUAUAUCGAGAAACCAGGUGGCUACUCAAGUUGAAGUUGCUGACGUGUUCCCAAUCUCCAGUGUUCAGAGUGUAGCAUUGCCUUUAUCCGCUUCGUCAAAGGUUGAACAAAUGAGUAUACUAGGCAUGUCCCUUCCGGAUCGCUCAAAAGAAGUUUCUUCACUAAAUUCAGGUGCAGUUGAAGCAAAUGGACUUUGUCAUGGACACAAUCUUUUGGAUUUGAAAGAUCAGGGACAGUCAAAAGUUAUGGGUUUGCAUCGACCUAUGUCUGUGAAUGAUCUUGUGAACCACACAGGGCAUACCAUUUCAGAGCAAAAGACCUAUGGAGAAAAUUUUGAAUGCAAGGACAUGUUGGGUAACAUUUACCGGCUUUUGUUUAGUGACACUCACACGAUGGAUGCGUCCAAUGAAAACUCUAUCAUGACAAGGAUCAAUUCUUUUGGUUGCCUCCUACAAGACCAUGUUGUAGAUUCCCCCGAUGAACCUGAUCAAAGAACAAGCAUGAAUGAGCAUACUCAGUUUGAACAGAAGGAUAUGUGUGAUUCAACACCUGUUACUAUGUCCGAAAUUGAUGCCAUGGGCCAUGAAAAGGAUAUCACGCUUGGUACUUCACAUGAACAGCAACCAGACAUGCCUAGGAGCGACUCCUUUGAGGACUUGAUGCUUCACCUCCGCAGAAUUGGCUCUCUCCCAAAUAUUUUAUCUGACUCAGAAAACAGUAAUUAUCAUACUUGAGGGUGAGAUGGUAUUUGACUCACCUGGCGAUCAUAAAGUUAAUUUAUGAAAUUUAAAUUGGCAAGUUUCAGUGACAUGUAAAUUCUUUAAAGAUUUGAAUAUAUUGUCUUAGCUCUAUAUUUUACUUCUAGAACAGAGGAAUUUAUGCUCAACAGAUAUAUUUUGUUGUACUUCUAGCUAUUAAUCGUACAACUGGAAUUUAACAGAAUUUUUUUUACUAAA